AUGCAAAAACUAUGGAUUGGUUUUAAAUUGCUAUUACUUAGUUGGUCACUGUCUAUUGAUUGUAAACUUAUUCAUAGAGGACCAUUAAACGAAACAUUACUGACUGGCCAAAUUCAUGCACCAUCCGGUGAUCCUGCACGUAAUCUCAUGGGCAUGGUAUUAUCAAUAAAUGUAUUUGUUAAUCAUACAGUUCUGCAUAGUUCAUUGGUACCUAUAAAAAACAAUACAUUUCCAUUGAAUUAUUCCCUUGAGCUUACCGAUCAUGAUUUCUUGUUGGAAAACGCUACUAGCUUUCAUAUUGUCAGUAUGAUAUGGCAACCAGCUUACAUAUACGAAAGUCACAUUAAAUUAAAAGAAUCAAAAGUCGAUACACUUAAUCUCAAUAUGCGUACAAUAAAAUUUGUUAUUAUUCGUGGUGUAAUUGUUCAUGAAAAACAUAAUGCAGGUCAUGAAUUGCCGGCACCUCAAAUUAAAUUAGAACUUAUUGAGAAUAGAACAAAAGGUCACAUUAUCGAUCAAGUUGAUUUUGUAUGUACAUCAAAAACCUAUCCUUGCCCGUUCGAAUAUUGGCUUAAUACGGCUCGUAUUAGAGUCAAUAUGGAAUAUAAACUUGAAGCUAUUAUAUCCAAUCAUGUAUUGCCACCAAGGAAGAACACAAAUCAAAAGCAUGCGAAUAUACUGGUAGAAACAAGAACAAGUGUACCAAAAGAAUUUACAAUUAGCCCAACGGUUGAUACUGAAAUCAAUAACUUUAAAAUUGUUGUUUUCGAUGUUUAA